GCAGUAGGAGCUGUGAUGGUGAAGCAGAGAGGGGGUGAAGUGAUGAUGAGAGGAGUGGCACACUUCACUAAAACUUCCCGGAGUGACGCUGGCCGCCGCUCCUCCCCGUUAACAGCGAGGAAACAAAGUUCCCCUCUUCUGAUUUUUAAUCCUCCAGAUGUGGCGACAGUUUGACGAACAUACUCUUCAAGCGACAGAGAAAGUUUGGACAUGAGAGCACUGAACUGGUAGAAAAGUUCAAUCUUUUUCCGCAAAGCGCGAGGCAUCAUGACGCUGCGCCCCGGCGUCUCUCUGUGGGCUCUGCUGCUCCUCAGCGCUCUCCUCAAGAGCUCCCAAGCAGAAUGUACCAGUAAUACAUGUGGAAGCGAUGAAACAGGAUCCUUAAUCACAACGACAACAACAACAACAGUCCAGGUGAAUCAACCUGCAAACUGCAACCUCACCAUUGGGGACAACAUCUCUGGAAGUGGAUCAUUAACUGGUUUGACUCCUGGAGCAGUCUAUCAAAUCUUCUUUCAAUGUUUGAACUGCUGCAAAGAAGCCACAACCAAGCCAAAUGUAGUCCAAAGCCCCGAUUUCACUGGAGUCACAACAUCCUCUCUAACUCUGACCUGGACGAAACCAGAGGGAAACAGCUCCUCUUACAUAGUAGAGUGGACUUGUGGAAACAUAAAUUGUACUGACAAUGUGACUGGAACAUCUAAAACGAUAACUGGCCUGACUCCUGGGGUCAAUUACAGCAUGAGUGUCAGUGCGGUGGCUGAUGAUCGCUCUACUGAGGGAGAAAAAGUCACUGUUUCUCAAUACACAACGCCAAACCAGGUUCAAAACCUCAGUGUCACUGGAGUCACAAUCUCCUCUAUAUCUCUGAUGUGGAUGAAACCAGAGGGAAACAGCUCUUCCUAUAGAGUACAGUGGACUGAUGGAACAACUAUCAGGAAUGAAAGUGUGACUGUGACAUAUAUAAACAUUACUGACCUGACUGCUGGGGUCCAGUAUAAUAUAACUGUUACUGCAGUGGCAGGUGAUGAAAGGACUGAAGGACAGAGUUCAGCUGUUUCUCGGUACACAACGCCAAACCAGGUUCAAAACCUCAGUGUCACUGGAGUCACAACCUCCUCUAUAUCUCUGAUGUGGAUGAAACCAGAGGGAAACAGCUCUUCCUAUAGAGUACAGUGGACUGAUGGAACAACUAUCAGGAAUGAAAGUGUGACUGUGACAUAUAUAAACAUUACUGACCUGACUGCUGGGGUCCAGUAUAAUAUAACUGUUACUGCAGUGGCAGGUGAUGAAAGGACUGAAGGACAGAGUUCAGCUGUUUCUCGGUACACAACGCCAAACCAGGUUCAAAACCUCAAUGUCACUGGAGUCACAACCUCCUCUAUAUCUCUGAUGUGGAUGAAACCAGAGGGAAACAGCUCUUCCUAUAGAGUACAGUGGACUGAUGGAACAACUAUCAGGAAUGAAAGUGUGACUGUGACAUAUAUAAACAUUACUGACCUGACUGCUGGGGUCCAGUAUAAUAUAACUGUUACUGCAGUGGCAGGUGAUGAAAGGACUGAAGGACAGAGUUCAGCUGUUUCUCGGUACACAACGCCAAACCAGGUUCAAAACCUCAGUGUCACUGGAGUCACAACCUCCUCUAUAUCUCUGAUGUGGAUGAAACCAGAGGGAAACAGCUCUUCCUAUAGAGUACAGUGGACUGAUGGAACAACUAUCAGGAAUGAAAGUGUGACUGUGACAUAUAUAAACAUUACUGACCUGACUGCUGGGGUCCAGUAUAAUAUAACUGUUACUGCAGUGGCAGGUGAUGAAAGGACUGAAGGACAGAGUUCAGCUGUUUCUCGGUACACAACGCCAAACCAGGUUCAAAACCUCAGUGUCACUGGAGUCACAACCUCCUCUAUAUCUCUGAUGUGGAUGAAACCAGAGGGAAACAGCUCUUCCUAUAGAGUACAGUGGACUGAUGGAACAACUAUCAGGAAUGAAAGUGUGACUGUGACAUAUAUAAACAUUACUGACCUGACUGCUGGGGUCCAGUAUAAUAUAACUGUUACUGCAGUGGCAGGUGAUGAAAGGACUGAAGGACAGAGUUCAGCUGUUUCUCGGUACACAACGCCAAACCAGGUUCAAAACCUCAGUGUCACUGGAGUCACAACCUCCUCUAUAUCUCUGAUGUGGAUGAAACCAGAGGGAAACAGCUCUUCCUAUAGAGUACAGUGGACUGAUGGAACAACUAUCAGGAAUGAAAGUGUGACUGUGACAUAUAUAAACAUUACUGACCUGACUGCUGGGGUCCAGUAUAAUAUAACUGUUACUGCAGUGGCAGGUGAUGAAAGGACUGAAGGACAGAGUUCAGCUGUUUCUCGGUACACAACGCCAAACCAGGUUCAAAACCUCAGUGUCACUGGAGUCACAACCUCCUCUAUAUCUCUGAUGUGGAUGAAACCAGAGGGAAACAGCUCUUCCUAUAGAGUACAGUGGACUGAUGGAACAACUAUCAGGAGUGAAAGUGUGACUGUGACAUAUAUAAACAUUACUGACCUGACUGCUGGGGUCCAGUAUAAUAUAACUGUUACUGCAGUGGCAGGUGAUGAAACUACUGGAGGACAGAGUUCAGCUGUUUCUCGGUACACAAAACCUGGUCAAAUUGGGGAACUUGAUGUGUCCACUAACACCUCCUCCAUCUCUCUGAACUGGACCGCACCUCCUGGUGAGGUGUUCAGGUACAGAGUGGAGUGGCAUAACAAUGGAAUGCUGAUGAAUGAAAGCACAAACGAUACCUUUGCUGUGCUAUCCCACCUGAUCCCUGGCACUAGCUACACAAUCACAGUCACUGCCAUUGCUGGAGACAGUCAGACAGAAGGACAAGCUAAAACAACCACUGCAGUCACAAAACCUGAUGUUGUCAGGAAUCUCUCCUUCACUGGAAUCACAACAUCAUCUGUGUCUCUGAGCUGGACUGAACCAGAGGGCAGUGCUACCGGGUACACGGUUCAGUGGACUGAAGAAGGACAAACAUUUAAAAACACCACAAUUGAAACCUUUUUUAGCAUCAACAAUUUAACACCUGGAACCCAGUACAACAUUACAGUGGCAGCUGUUGCUGUAGAUCCCUCAAAUGAAGGAGAAGGAACCCCAAGAAGUACCUUCACAAAGCCUGAAAAGCCUGAGGACAUUAAUAUUGUCACACGUGGAACUGAUUCCCUGGAGAUCAACUGGACUCUGCCUCGAGGAAGGGUUGAUCACUACGUGGUGAACAUCUCAGAUUAUGAUCAUCGACAUAUGUAUGCCAACACAACAACACACACCACUUUCCUCUUUACUGGUUUAUUGCCUGGGAGAGUCUUUUUCAUCAAAGUGACCUCUGUAGCUGGAACCUUCAAUGCGAUGUCUGAUAAGUCUUCAUUUGCCACUGUCCCCACACCUCCUGGUUCCAUCACCAUCAGUCAGAGGACAAACUCUUCACUCUAUCUAACGUGGGCGCCUCCUGCUUUGAUGCAACGCGCUCCGAACAUCAGCUACCAUAUCAGCUACCAGCCCGAGGGUGGCGAAGUACAAAAUAAAAGUGCUGUUGUCAAUAGCGCAGAGCUGUCCCCGCUUCUGUCUGGAACUUCCUACAAUAUUACUGUACAAACAGUUGGACCCGAAAAUUUAACCAGCACAGUCGUUCGUGAUUCUGCCUUCACCCUGCCCAACCCUGUGUUGAACCUUGUGGCCAGCCCUAAAUCCACCACCUCAGUAACAGUGGAAUGGUCCUACCCACAGGGAGCCCAGAGUUAUUACAGAUACUUGGUUUACUACAGUACUGCAGGAGAAGUGAAUAACGUAAAUAUCAGCAGUAACAGCACUGAUGUAACAGGCCUGGAGCCAGGAACUAGAUACAAUAUCAACGUCAGUACGAUAGCAGCAGCAGAAAGUGAAUCCACGAUGGAACAGACAUUCAGUUACACAAUGCCCAAAGCUGUAACCAACCUCAGAGUGGAGUUUGUGAACACAACGGUCAUCCGGCUGAUGUGGCAGAGGCAAAGUGAUCACAAGCCUUCCUACUCCUACCUGGUGAAAGCGCUCCAGGACGGCAUGGUGGUUGUUGAUGAUACAACUGAGGCCGAGGCUUUUACAUUUUGCCAUCUCACCCCUGGAAAACUGUACACUUUUAAAGUGUUUACAGUUGUAGCAGGGGUCAAAUCCGAAGUGGAAACAACAUCAAAUUACACACUUCCUGAAGCAGUUUCUGACAUUACAGCCAUAGGAACCACAACUAACAUGACAGUGAGCUGGACACCAGCAGUUGGGCAGGUGGACUCCUACACCGUCCGGCUGUACAGAGACACGCAGUUGGUAGGAAGCAGCACAGCGCUCGGCAAUAGUACAACUGAGUACAAUUUUCCAGGCCUGAUACCAGGAGUGAAUUACUGCGCCGUAGUGGUCACCCAGAGUGGAUGUUAUGAGAUCAACUCAACUGUUUGCAAUGCAACUUUUCCCAACCCUCCUGGCCCCAUCAUGGUGCAGUCUCAGACUGUGACAAGCAUCACCUUCACCUGGUCCGUCCCAGAGGGCAUGGGCCAUAAUCAGUACAACUUCAGCGUGUCCACCUCUAACGGAUCCGUUCUGACUGGAAACAGCUGGUUCCUGCUGGACAACCUCCAGUCUGGAAGCCCCUACAAUAUCUCUGUUGUUACUGUUGGCGUAAGGGACUAUGAGAGCAGUGCAGUGACAGCAGAAAACUACACCAGACCAUAUAGUGUAAUCAAUCUGAGGCACACGGACAUCACCACAAACGCAGUGACCUUGGAGUGGGAACAGCCAGAGAGCAAGGCCACCUAUAAAUAUGUGGUGCAGACCACCAACGGCUCAUCAUUAUUUGAAACUAAAGUAGUCUUGGACACACGCGACACAAUCACUGGACUUCUCUCUGGGAGCAACUACAGCUUCACUGUCACCACACAGACAGCAGAUGGCACUGAGGCAGCUCCUGUGACCAGGUCCUACUUUACACGUCCGUACAGUAUUGGAUCGAUAAAAGCUGAAACUGUAAACACAACAGCUGUAAAUCUCACUUGGGCACCACCACUGGAAUACAAGCCUGAAUACACAUAUGAGGUUAAUACUUCAGGUUGUGUUUCCCAAAACAAAACCCUCCCGCUCUCCGCGGACGCGGCAGUGAUCUCAGAGCUCACCCCUGGGACUCAAUGCACCUUCUGUGUAUUUGUCAGGGCAGCGGAUGGCAUCGAAGGGGAAGCAAAUUGCACCUAUCCAUAUACGAAGCCCGAGGCAGUGCAACCCAGUAUCUCCAGCCAAGGCUCCAAUAAUUCAGUACUGGUGUCAUGGGCCAAACCUCCUGGGGAGGUGGAGUGUUAUAAGGUUUAUCUAAAUAGUUCCUCACCGCAAUACGACACACUAGUGGAGCUGAACUCUACCCACACCUCCCAUUGGUUUCACACCCUGUCAGCUGGAAUGCAGUACUCUGCUAUGGUGAUCACCUUUAGUGGACCCUUCAAUGCAUCAUCUGAAUUCUUUACUAAUGCAACAUUCCCUAACCCUCCCGGGCAGAUUAAAGUCCUGUCAAAGACAAACAGGUCCAUUGACAUCUGUUGGAAGAAAGCACCUCUGAUGUUUGGAGCAGAUUUCCGAUACACCUUGACGAUCAGAUCAACCCAAAAGGAAAACAACUCUUUGACCAACAACAAUACACAUUUGUUUUCCUCCCUGUCUUCUGGGACUCCCUACAACAUUUCUGUAGCAACAGUGGGUGUGAUGGGUUUUCAGAGUGAGACAGUUCAGUUCAACAUGGUCACUACAAGACCGUUCCACGUGAAUUCUCUUACGGCUUCUACAAACGAGGAGAACAUCACAGUGAAGUGGGACAAUCCUAACGAGUACAAGGAAAGCUAUCGCUACAAUCUGACCUGGCAACGAUCACAGGGAUCCAUUAGUGUUCAAAUCAUCAAAACAAAUAAUUUUACUAUUGAAAACCUGGAUCCUGGCAGCAGCUAUAAAAUAUAUGUCACCACAGAGACCUCUGAUGGAACCGAAGGGUAUCCAGUAACGAUUUUAAAAUGCACAAAUGCAAGCCCGGUGAUGAACUUUAAUUGUAAAGGUCUAAACACAGCAAUCGGCAGCCUCGAUCUGUCCUGGAAAAAACCCAAAGGGCAGAACUCCGGCUUCAAGAUCUUUGUAAACAAUAAUGAGAUGGACUCAAUCAGCACCUGUUGUAAGAAAACUGUACUCAAUCUUAAACACUUUACUGAAUACAAAGUGAGUGUGGAGACUCAGAGCUGUGGACUACCCAGCACUCCUGUGUCCAUUUCCUGCAGGACAGGCAUCACAAAUCCACCAAUUCCAGAAAACUAUAGUACGCUGGUGAAAGUGGGCACCAUCGCGUACAACAAGUUCUCCAUUGACAUUGACCCGAGCCUGAUGGACAACAUCAAUGGGCCAAUCACACAUGUUGGCGUGCUGGUGACAAAUAGUCCAGCCAGUGAUCAAUUGUCUAAUUUAACAGAGUACGUGGGGAAAACUUACGCUCAGUGGCAGGCAAAGGAUACACCAGUAUACCUGGCAGCAGUCAGAGACAACAUCUUCCAAUCACGCAGUGCAGAACGCCAUCUGACCAUCGAAGUAGGAAAUGGAUCCAAAUUCGAGGGCUACACUAAUGGUGCUCUGGCAGCUACUAAAAAAUACCAAUAUGCUAUUGUGUUGUUCACCAUCCUGACUCCGAAACAAGACCUUGUGGAUCUUUCAGUAUCCAAGGUGUCAGUAACAGAACUCUAUCCUGCUGUUACACUCCCACAGGACCCAGCUGUCAUUUACACGGCUGUCGGAGCAACGUUUGGCAUAUUUUGCGUUCUUUUCAUCGUCCUCAUCGGAUUCAUUAUCUACUGGAAGAGGGUGUCCAACAAAGAAUCGUCAGACAUCCAGAUUCAUUCCAUGAGAAGUGUGGCUGUGAGGGUGGAGGACUACGAGGCCUACUACAAGAAGCAGAAAGCCGACUCCAACUGUGGCUUUGCUGAAGAGUUUGAGGACCUGAAGCUUGUUGGUACAGGUCAGUCGAAAACAAAUGCUUUGACGGAGUACAACAAGCCCAAGAACCGCUACAACAACGUGCUUCCCUAUGACGCCUCUAGGGUGAAACUCUCUAUUAUCCAAGGGAGUCCAUAUGAUGACUACAUCAAUGCUAACUACAUGCCGGGGUACAACUCCAGGAAGGAGUACAUUGCGGCUCAGGGUCCUUUGCCUGCGACAGUCAGCGAUUUCUGGAGGAUGGUGUGGGAAAAGAACGUGCAGACUCUGGUCAUGCUGACACGCUGUAAUGAACAGGGACGAGUUAAAUGCGAGCAAUACUGGGAUGACGGCACCAAGCAUUUCAACAACAUCACUGUGACAACAACCUCCGACAUACCACUUGAAGACUGGACCAUCAGGGAAUUUGACAUUAAAAAUGUGAAAACAGCAGAGACCCGUUCAGUGCGUCAAUUCCACUUCACAGCCUGGCCAGAUCACGGCGUACCACAAACCACCGAGCUCCUCAUCAGCUUCAGACACUUGGUCAGAGAGCACAUGGACCAAUACUCCAGACACUCCCCUACUGUGGUCCACUGCAGUGCUGGUGUUGGACGCACAGGCACCUUCAUCGCCAUCGACCAUCUGAUCUUCCAGAUUGAAAGGGAGAAUAUUGUGGACGUGUACGGCAUCGUCCAUGAUCUGCGCAUGCACCGACCCCUUAUGGUGCAGACAGAGGACCAGUAUGUGUUCUUAAACCAGUGUGCCCUAGACAUCAUCAGAUCAAGAACUGGAACCAACGUGGAUCUAAUCUACCAAAAUACUGCCGCACUCUCUAUUUAUGAGAACGUAGAACCAAAGAAAGGUUACCCCAAGAACGGGUACCGCAAUGCAUAAGCCCAAAAAAAACCACUCAGGUCUAAAAAUUCCCUCUUUACUCUUAGCAACAAACUGAGCUGACAUUUGCAAAGGGAUCCCUUCUAACAGAUUCUGCUAUUUCUAUUUUUAUAUAUGCUUUUGUUAAAAAUCAUGUAGUUUUCUGGAUUUAAACCUCUAUUUUGUGGUAUUUAUUUGUGUAAAAUGUUGAAUUUGAUAAUGGAGGGAGCUGUAUGUGGAGAUACAAUAGGGGACAUAAUCACUGACCAAAAAUAUUUGAAUUAUAGGAAAACGUAGUCAAAUAUAAAAUUGAAAUGUCUCUUAAAACUGCAGAUUUAUAUAUUGCUCAGAUGUUUUCUUUACAUUUCUGCUUGUCUACUACUGUAUGACCUACUGAUGAUGACAUUUUUUGCUCAGGUAACAAGUUGGAUGCUGUAUUAUAAGGUAUUAUUUUGACAGGAAAAAAAAUGUAAUUAAUUGAACUUUUUUGGAUGAAUACUGUGUGCCUUCUUAAGCCUGUAUAUGUUGGUGCCAAUAGGUGGCACUCCAGCAUAUUUGUCUUAAACUGAACCUUGUUACAGGAACCUUCUUAAGUUUUUAAUAUGUCAUAUUUUAUUGAAGUUUGUCAGAUUGUCCAGCAGCCAAUACAUUUUGCACCUCUUAAGCCAAUUUGAUCUGUGCAAUGCCUUUUAAUGAAUGACUUUAUUUUUGUUUGUUCUUGUGGAGACUUUUGUACAUGUAUGCACUGUAUUGAAUAAUGCACUGGAUGCAUUUGUCUUUCUAUACACUGUUUUUUUUAACUUUCAGUAUGAUUACAUUUUGGCCAGUGCGUUGUGAAACUGAUUGCAACAUUUUUUGAUAUUCGCCACACAUUUAAUUGUGACAAUUUUACUUUGAUAUUUUGUGUCUUUUGAUUAAAGAGAUGUGUAACAUUAAACAACAGCUCAGGAACUCAAACAAUAAAAAAAAAUUAAUAUUUUCCUGGGGAGGUUUGGUUUUAGAAAAUGCAUUCUGUAACAGUGUGUACUUGGAGGAACUUAGAGGUCACACCCAUUGUUUUUGUUUAUGUCCUUCUUCUCUGCAUUCCUCAAAAAAAAAAACCAGCCAUGUUAUGUCACUUCCUGCUGCGUAUCUGGUCUAUCUAUGGACAUUUCCUGUGAUGUUAACAUCACUAGAGGAGCUUUAUUUUCAGCUUCUAAGGGGCAGAAUUUUCCAUGAGGCAGGUACUUUAAAAAAAAAAAAAAAAUUGAAGAUAAUUGCUGUGUGGUUAGCCUGUAGAUAUUUUUAAGUCCAUGUGUUAUUUUUAUUGUAUCAUAAUGUACUUAAUGAUUGAAAGCACUUCAUGAAAAGAAUAGCAAAUAGUCACAAAGCUGUAGAAUGUUUUUGAAAUGCUUUAUAUGAUGCUUGCUGGUACAAUGCAAAUAAAUGUAAAAGGAGCGAGGAUUUAAUAACUGUGUACCGUUAAAUCUGUGACCAAAAAAAAUGGGAUUAAAGAUGUUAUUACAUUUUUACCCCA